GCGUGGCGCCCGCUCGCUCAGUCUAACGCUCGUCGCCGAAUUGCGCGCACGUUUUGCGCGCUUUCCCUCACAAGAUCAGCUGAUCGGCGCGCGCCCCGCGGCGCACAUGCCGUGAGGCCGCGCCCGCACCAUGACGGGCUACGCCCGCGGCGAGGCCGAUUUUGCCGCUGACCGCUUCCGGCGGGAUACCCGGCCCGCCUCGCUGGCUCCAAAGGAUUACUCGGUGCCUUUACACGUAGACUGCAGUAUCGAAUACGAGCUUCCCGACUGUGCCAAGCCGCCGCAGGGCGUCAAGAUCGAGCCGUUGCUCAUGAUCCACCCCUCGCAUUUCCGGAGGCUCGAAAGCCUAAGACGUGUGCCGUUCGUGAAUAAUCUGCCACGGACGGAGGGCGCGGUGCCGGCGGGCGGCGGGCUGGGUCCCACGCCAGCGGCAGCCGCACCGGACGCCCGAAGCCGUGGCCGCCAAGCGAGACGCUGUUGCCGCGCGGCACCUGCCCCACCAGUACCGCCGCCCCAACCAGCUGCAGCCCAGAGAGCACGCUUACCCGAAGAUGCGCGCCGCUACAGGCUUGAGUAUCUAACGGAAGGCAGCAAGCUAUCCCGCGGCCGGCUAAAGGCGCACCCAUACCUGCCGCCCGAGGCGCUGGACUGUGAUAUCCGGGCGCUGCCGCCCCCAGCGCACUACGAGCGCUUCGACAAGCGAGCGCUGCAGCAGCUGCCGAUCUACAUGUAGCCGCUCGGGCCGCAUUCUGUGAUGUUUCGUUGUAAUUAGCUAGUGUUAAGUGCCCCGCGACCCGCGGACGGACCCGAUACCAAAUAGUACCUAUGUGCGUUGAUAUAUUGUUUGAACGUGGAGUUAUGUGUUGUGGACGCGCUACGGCUGACGUCAGUCGGACCCGCCGGCGGACGGCAGGUUGCCCACCGACUCGAACCUAUUUAUUCGCAGUAACCGACGCUUCAUAAAUUAUUGUACGGUCGCUGAUUCGUUGCGUAUUUCUGUAUAAGAUAUCAUAUCGAUAAAUAUAUGUUCAAAAAUUGUAUUAUAUUAAAAUAAUAUGUACCUAUAGAGUAAAAACAUGAAAGUGAGAAAAAAAUAUUACGAAUAAAACUAGUUAUAGUUAUGUUUUCGAUAGGUGAUGAUAUAGGACAGUCCCGAGUGAACUAGAUUCGUACUCUAUUCUCAUUUUGUAAGCAGUUAUGUUUGUUAAAAUUAUAUAAUAUAAAGAGUCCUCUGAUGAAUAGUCUGAUUAACAAAUAUUCGGCAUGUAAAAGUCUUUAUAAUGCGCUUACUUAGCAUAUCAUAGUAUUAUAUUGUGUCAUAGUCCAAUGCCAAAAAUAUAACUAUCUUUUUACAAAAAUCCCUAA